AUGGAAUCAGUUAGCUUUGAGAACCACAAGAAGCAGCUACAAGGUCAUGAGCAGAACACGUUCAUGCUAUUCAGCCCUUUAAAACAGCUGUGCAUUACAUGCACUCCAACAACGGCUAGCAGCUGUAUUAGGACUGUUAGUAGUAGAAGGACUAGUAAUAGUAGCAGUAGUAGGACUAGUAGUAAUAGAAGUAGUAGCUGUAAUAGUUCUAGUAGUAUUAGUAGUAGUAGUUGUGGUAAUAGUAGCAGUAGUAAUAGUAGUAACAGUAGUAGUAGUAAUAGUAACAGCAGCAGCAGCAGUAGUAGUAGUAGUAGCAGUAGUAGUAGAAAUAGCAGUAGUAGUAAUAGUAACAGCAGCAGUAGUAGAAACAGCAGGAGUAAUAGUAAUAGUAGUAGUAGUAGCAGCAGCACUAAUAAUAGUAAUAGUAGUAGUAGUAGUAAUAGUAACAGCAGUAAUAAUAGUAGUAGUAGUAGUAAUAGUAGUAGUAGCAGCACUAAUAGUAGUAAUAGUAGUAGUAACACCAGUAAUAAUAGUAGUACUAAUAGUAGUAGUAUUAGUAGUAGCAGUAGUAGCAACACUAAUAAUAGUAAUAGUAGUAGUAGUAGUAAUAGUAACAGCAGUAAUAAUAGUAGUAGUAGUAGUAAUAAUAAUAGUAGCAGCACUAAUAGUAGUAAUAGUAGUAGUAACACCAGUAAUAAUAGUAGUAGUAGUAGUAAUAGUAGUAAUAGUAGUAGUAAUAGUAGCAACACUAAUAAUAGUCAUAAUAGUAGUAGUAGUAAUAGUAACAGCAGUAAUAAUAGUAGUAGUAGUAGU